AUGACCAAGUCCUAUGAAUUUAACUGGCAGAGGGCCCUGCCCGAGUUCAUGCAGGAGGGGGCCCUGUUCGACCGCUUUGAUGAGGACCCGUUCAUGUUUGAGCCAAACUGUCAAAUGAAGGUGGAUGAAUACGGCUUCUUUAUUACGUGGAAGAGCGAGGGCAAGGAGGGCCAGGUUUUGGAGUGCUCCCUCAUAAACAGUAUACGCGUCGGCUCCGUCCCAAAGGACCCUAAAAUCUUGUCUUCGUUCGAGGCGGUGGGAAAGAGUGAGGCCGACCUGGAGGGCUGCAUCAUCUGCAUCUGCAGCGGCACGGACCUCGUCAACCUCAACUUCAUGUUCAUGGUGGCAGACACCCCCGACACGGCCAGAAGGUGGAUAGAAGGCCUGCGGUCAGUUAUUCACAACUUUAAGGCCAAUAAUGUGUGUCCAAUGACCUGCCUGAAGAAACACUGGAUGAGAAUGUGCUUUUUGACAAACGUGAACGGGAAGAUUCCAGUCAGAGGAAUUACUCGGACAUUUGCAUCAGGGAAGACAGAAAAGGGAAUAUUCCAGGCUUUGAAGGAUCUUGGCUUACCGAGUGGAAAGAACGAUGAAAUUGAACACUCCGAUUUCACAUUUGACAUUUUCUACGCUCUGACCCAGAAGAUCUGCCCGCGCACUGACAUCGAGGAGUUAUUUAAGAACAUCAAUGGGAACAAUACUGAUUAUUUAACAGUAGACCAGUUAGUCAGCUUUCUGAAUGAAAACCAGCGCGACCCGAGACUAAAUGAAAUCCUGUUCCCGUUCUACGACCCCAAAAGAGCCAUGCAGAUUAUCGAGAAGUACGAGCGGGACGACGAGCUCAAAAAGAAAGGCCUGAUGUCCAGUGAUGGUUUCUGUCGGUAUUUGAUGUCGGAUGAAAACGCCCCUGUGUUCCUGGACCGGCUGGAGCUGUACCAGGAGAUGGACCAGCCCCUGGCCCACUACUUCAUCAGCUCCUCCCACAACACGUACCUGACAGGGAGACAGUUCGGAGGGAAGUCCUCGGUGGAGAUGUACCGACAAGUGCUGCUGUCGGGCUGCAGAUGUGUGGAACUGGACUGCUGGGACGGAAAAGGAGAAGACCAGGAGCCUAUUAUCACUCAUGGAAAAGCCAUGUGCACAGACAUCCUGUUCAAGGAUGUUAUACAAGCCAUUAAGGAAACUGCCUUUGUCACAUCAGAAUACCCUGUCAUUUUGUCCUUUGAAAACCAUUGCAGUAAACCGCAGCAGUGGAAAAUGGCCAAAUAUUGUGAAGAAAUAUUUGGUGACUUACUCCUUAAGCUGCCACUGGAGAAUUAUCCGAUUGAAGCAGGGCGGUCUCUACCUUCUCCCAACGACCUUAAGAAAAAAAUCCUUAUCAAAAACAAACGCUUGAAACCAGAAGUGGAACAAAAGCAACUAGAGGCCUUCAAGAAGCACAUGGAAGCAGGAGAAACCAACACUCGAGCCAUUAUAAUGGGAGAGGAAGACGAAACGGAGAACGGGGAGAAGGAGGACAAGGACCCAGAGGAGAAGGACUUGAACUCUGAGGCUCCGAGCAGCCUUUCGGACGGACCCAGCGAGAAAGACAGCAACAGCGUAUCCCACGGCAACGCAGUCACCUCCAGGAAAGAUGAGUGUAACAACAGCUUCAAGAAGGUGGCAGAAGACGACAUCACCGAGAUUUCUGAAGUCACAGAAGCAACAGAUGCCACCGAUAUUUCAGAGGCCUCAGACCAAGACAACAACAAGAAGAUUGUGGAGGUGGCAGAGGACAUAGAGGAGGCUCUCAUCGCUCAGUACACGUAUGUUGGAGCCACCACCAACAUCCACCCGUAUCUGUCCGCCAUGGUCAACUACGCACAACCGGUCAAGUUUCAGAGCUUCGACGUGGCAGAAGAGCGGAACAUUCAUCACAACAUGUCCUCAUUCAACGAGCCGGUCGGUUUGGGAUACUUAAAAACUAACGCCAUCGAGUUUGUAAAUUAUAACAAACGGCAGAUGAGUCGGAUCUACCCCAAAGGCGGCAGAGUGGACUCCAGUAAUUACAUGCCUCAGAUCUUCUGGAACGCCGGCUGCCAGAUGGUCUCGCUCAACUUCCAGACCCCAGAUCUGGCCAUGCAGCUGAACCAGGGCAAGUUUGAGUACAACGGCUCCUGCGGGUAUUUGUUGAAGCCAGAUUUCAUGAGGAGAUCAGACCGAACGUUCGACCCGUUCUCAGAAACACCAGUAGAUGGCGUCAUUGCUGCCACCUGCAGUGUACAGGUUUUCUCGGGCCAGUUCCUCUCGGAUAAGAAGAUCGGCACAUACGUGGAGGUGGACAUGUACGGCCUGCCCACCGACACCAUUCGUAAAGAGUUCCGUACUCGGAUGGUGAUGAACAACGGCCUGAACCCCGCGUACAACGAGGAGCCGUUCGUCUUCAGGAAGGUGAUCUUGCCGGAUUUGGCCGUGCUGCGUAUUGCCGUGUAUGACGACAACAACAAGCUGAUCGGUCAGAGGAUCCUGCCGCUGGACGGGCUGCAGGCGGGGUACCGGCACAUCUCCCUGAGGAACGAGGGGAACAAGCCUCUGUCACUGCCCACUGUCUUCUGUCAAAUCAUCCUCAAGACAUACGUGCCCGACGGCUUUGGAGCAAUUGUAGAUGCUCUUUCAGACCCAAAGAAGUUCUUGACCAUUGCUGAGAAGAGAGCCGACCAGAUGAAGGCGCUGGGCAUCGACACGAAUGAUAUCGCAGAUGUCCCUAGUGGCAGCUCAAAGAUUGACAAGAAGGGAAAAGGAAGAGACACAGUUAAAGCCAACGUGACGCCUCAGGCCAGUUCAGACAUGGGCCAAACCUCCAACUCCGCACAGAACAACAAUGCAGAGGCCAAGAAGGAUUCUGGACUUGUGCCUCAUGUCAGUAUCGAUGACUUAAGACAGAUGAAGUCAUUCCUCAAGUUAUUAAAAAAACAACAGAAAGAACUCAAUACUUUGAAGAAGAAACAUUUAAAGGAUCAGAACAGCAUGCAGAAGGCCCACUGCUCUCAGGCCGAUAAGAUGGUGUCUUUUCACGACAAAGAGAAAGUCACGCUGGAAAAACUACUGGAGAAAGCCAUUAAAAAACGAGGAGAAAACAACUGUCAAGAUCUGAAGAAGGAAACCGAGGACAAGAUCCAGACUCUCGCCACUCAACACAAAGCCAAGGUGAAGGAGCUGACGGCGCAGCACACUAAAGAGUGGUCCGAGCUCAUCAGCAGCCACAGCAGCGAGGAGCAGGAGGUGAAGGACAACCACGUCACGCAGCAGUGUGACCACCUCAAGAAACUGUUGGGCUCAGUGCAGGAGCAGCAGACCGUGCAGCUCAGACUCAUCCACGAGCGGCAAAGUAAAGAGAUGCGUGCGAACCAGGCUAAGAUGUCCAUGGAGAACAGCAAAGCCAUCAGUCAAGACAAGACCAUCAAAAACAAAGCAGAGAGAGAGAGGCGAGUCCGAGAACUCAACAGCAGCAACACAAAGAAGUUUCUGGAUGAGCGAAAGCGGCUGGCGAUGAAGCACCAGAAGGAGAUGGAACAACUGGAGAAGAACCAGCGCGAGCAGGUGGACAAACUGGAGAAGUUUAAUGAGCAGCUUUUGAAAUCACACCAUGCAAACAAACAGGUUCAAGGCUCGGGACAUGCAGCAGAUGGUGAAACUGGAGGAGGAGAUGGAGCGCAGACCAGCCACAGUGGUGUGAACGUCUGA